ACUUUCUAAGCUUAGUGUGGAUCUGGUUAUUAAAAGCUGCAUGUACACUUGAGCUAGGAGUCUAAUGUAUGCACAUGUUGUUUCUGUUCUUCCUUGUCAAACUGUAUUUCAGAAUCUUUACAGAUGUAGAAAAAGUAGGAAAUCUGCUGAAAGAAGACACCAGAUAUAAAUGAAAAAUAAUUAAUAACCUCUGUGUGUGUGUUUCGUAGUCUUUGAUUAAUUCAGAAGCCAAGGCAGAAAAGGGAAAGGUAGAAAUGGGGAAAACAGGCAAAAUGCAGAAGUCUGUAUUGCUCAAUAACCCAAACUGGUCUGCAGGCAGCUUACACUGAGGACCUCAGAGUUUCUUUAGUUAGUGAAAACUAAAUAAAAAUUAAAUUGUUGAAAUAAUUGCAAAAUCAGAUGUUUGGACUGUGGAAGAACAGAGAUUGUUUUAACACUGGUUUUAAGUUUUAUGCCCCAGCUUCCCUGUCAGUAAACACUGUGCACUUUAGCACUAUGAGUAGGCAUAACCCUAGCAUAGUGCUUGAGUUGAGUGUGUAGAUGUAAAAGAUUUUCUUUUUUUUUUUCAUGUAAAUAGCACAAGGGGGUAAAACCAGAAGCAGGGAGAAAGAAGAGUUGGAGGACCUUUGGAGAAAGCAUGGUGAAAAGAGAAGGCUUUGGAAACAGGUUAGAGAAGACCAGAGAGACAUCAGAACACAGCAAGGCACAAAGAGAGAAAAAUAUUUGUCUUGUCCUUCUGGUUGUCGUAAUUUAGGUCUCUGUUUUACAAGGAGGUUGAUUCAGGUCUGUGAAAAACUCUGUUGCACCAGUGGUACUGAUCCUCCCACACAAAGUAAUUUAAGGGAGCAAGCCUCCAGAGGCACAUGGAGAAAACAGUCUUUGUCUUCUUUGGUUUUACGUCAGCAUUCAUUUUUGUUCUGUGGCAUCACAUAUAUAUGUGUGUGUGUAUUUAACAUGUAGGAUAGCAGUGACUUAUUUCUACAGACAUAUUCUGGGAAAACUGCAGUUCUCUUGUCUUUUGUCUAAACAUUGAGGAAGUUGUUUUUUUUUUUUACAUGUUUUGUUGUUGUUGUUUUCCAGUUCUGUAUGCAACCUGGAAAUAAAAACAACUGUUUUGCUCUGCUAUUUAAAAAGUCCAGGUGGCAUGCUAUACAAGAUCAGAGUAUGUUUGUAAAUAAAGUAUUAGUCUCCUCUAUAGUGAAGAGACUACUGAUAAACUUCUGGGUCGCAAGAGGAAAGCAUGUGUGGUUUCAACAGGUGACUGAAUUGUAUGUUUAGUGGUUUUUACAGAUAGACAUACAAGAGCUGAAGAAUCACAAGUUGAAAUGAGUAACCAAGAGGCUGAUGUUCUACGUUGCUGGAGAUGUAGAAAAUAUAUAGCAAAUUCUGUUUGCCUUGCAAAAUGUCAUGGAAUAGAACCAUCCAAAGCAUCACAACCUUCAGCUGCUGCUCAGGAGUCUUGCAAUGUAUGGCAUGUGAACUUAGAAGCUAUUCCAGAGUGGGUGAAAUGUGUCAUUGAAAAGACACAGUGGACAAUUGGAAAACUGCACUGUCCGUUCUGCGAGGCCUGUUUAGGGGGCUUUAACUUUGUUUGCAACACAAAAUGUUCCUGUGGACAGGUAGUAAAUAUACAUUUCUGCAAAAGUCAGACUGACUAUCAGCCAGCUUUCUCUGUUAAAUUGGCAAAAUCAUCAGGAAAACACUUACCUCUCCUCAAAAUUCAGUCUGGUUUUGGCAAGGAUACCUGCCAUAAAGUGGUAACUGCAACUUUGGAAAUCGAAAAUCAAGGGCUUUCAUACAUGGCCAGAAAUAACAAUGGCACUGGAAGAUUAACAGAAGCCCUUUGUCUGGAAGUAAGAGCUCCCAGAUUUGAGAUGAAAAGUAAAACAGUUCCCUUAAAGACAUUAAAUCCAAACCCAAAUCUUUCUGCUUCCUAUCCUAUGAAUGAUGCAUGCACUGUAAAACCUCUUCACAGAAGAUCACAUAGUUUGGAUUUAAAUAUCAGAGAGAGACUUGUUUUGUCACCUGUGUUAUAUGAAACUUGCAGUAUGGGAACAAUUUACCAUGGCCAAAAUGAAAAUCCACCUGCUUACACACGAAGUGGCUUGCAAUUAGAGUCCAAUAGGAAAGAUGGUAGUUCUUUUCAGGACCUAUAUAGUUCCAGUGCUGACAAACUACAAAAAAGGUUUCGACUUACUUCCUUUACCACAUUAGUACAUAGAGAAGCAGAAAGUGAGUGUGAUUUUGAAGCUACUGGACAAUCUUCUGGGAGUGCCAUUGCUGAUGGGUCACCUUUUGUGAUGAACCUUUCUUCACCUACAAGUGUUGUAGAAGAGGAAAAAUACAUCACACCUGUUGGCCUUGUGCAGCCUACAAGUAUUUCCUUCAACCAAAAGCUGAGUAAGAGAGAAAGAAACAAGUUGAAAAGCUUGAGGAGAAAACAAAGGCGGCGACAACGGUGGCUACAGAAGCAAACUGCAAGUGAUAACCUGCGUACAGAUGAUGAGUGUGAACUCAGAGGAGAUAAAGAAAGCUAUCUCUGUGCAGUGUGCCUGGAUGUUUAUUUCAAUCCUUACAUGUGCUAUCCAUGCCACCAUAUCUUUUGUGAACCUUGCUUAAGGAUGCUUGCCAAAGACAAUCCAGCCAGCACUCCAUGUCCACUGUGUCGCGCUACAAUUGCCAGAGUCUUUUUCCAAACAGAACUGAACAACUCUACCAAAUCUUUUUUCCCUAUGGAAUAUUUGAAGUUAAAAGAAAAUUUUCAAAAAUCAAAUUCUGCAAAAUGGCCUCUACCAAGCUGCAAGAAAGCCUUCAGAGUUUUUGAAGGUUUUCAAAGACGCUCAGAUACUGUAACAAGGAGGCAUUUCCCACAUGCUGCUCACAGGAUGGACUACAUGGACUUUGAGGAUGAUAGCCGUGGAUGGCGGUUUGAUAUGGAUAUGGUGAUAAUCUACAUUUAUUCAGUGAACUGGGGGACAAUUAGUUUUAAAAGCUUACAAAUGUACAUAAUGAAGACUGUUGCAACUCUGAGAGACAUCCUCCAUAGGAAAACACCUAAAAGGCAUAGAGUAGAGGUACUUUUCUUUGUCCUUUGUUGCUUUUUUGGGGAUACAUACUUUUGUAAAAAUACAGUAAAAAUUCAAAGGCUCAAAUUUGGUUUUUCCUUGAAGUCCGCCUGUAAAAUGCUGCUGAUAACUGUGGGAGCAAGAGUGGGUCCUUUGUAAGCAAUUUUCUGGUUAAACUGAUCCUGCUCUGCAAGCUUGUCUUUCUUAUCUACAAUAGUAUUAAAAUGUUUGCAAUAAAAUUUGAGUUGUUUGUAGUA